UGUCAGAGUUUCUGACUAGACACUGAGGCACCCCCUGGACAGUACAGUGGUUAUUGAUUCUCAUUUUAAGUGCCAGGUUCCCCAUACCUUGCGUAGGGAGCCCACAGAGGAUGCCAGGCAUCUGAAAGCUGCAUGCUACAACCUCUUAUGGAUCUAACCCUUAGGCCUUAAAAGUUGAGUAGACUUAAUAAGAAUUUUAAAAGGGCCUUCUCCAAAGCUCUGUGAAGACAAUAGGCUGACUUUCAGUGACCAUAAAGAAGAUGGUGGUAUUUAGUAAUCAUAAGAAAUGGCUUAAAAUAUGGGCUCCUUACACUUUGCUACUACAUUCAUUUAAUGACCUAUGAAGCCAUUUAAUAACAAAGGCAAGUUUUCUGACUUUGAAGUCAUUUCAUCAGGUAGCUGAAUCAAAAUUUUCAUGACUUAAACACAAUCAAGUAAACAUGGGCAAGCUUAAACUCCUCUGCAGCAUUGUAAACUCAAAUGCAACAGCAUUUUGCUACUGCAGCACAGCUGUAAAGUGAAAUUUGGCUCCCAUCUAUCCCAAAUGUAAAAGUUACAUAAUCAGUAGAAUACAGUAAAUUUAGAUUUAUGCAAUCUUCAGUUAUAAUAAUCUGAGGAUCUAAGGUGUUGCUUUUAAUAAGACACUAUCUGCUGAAAAAUCCAAACUGUUUAAGACUAUUUUUACCUAGUAGUAAGUUAAGGUGCAUUUGUCUCUUCAAUUUAUAUACGUUGUAUGUUUGACAGCAUUCUGCCUAGCCAUUUUCUGUGUUGUGUUUUCAGGUUUAUUUCAGAGCAGCAGAGCAGAGACUUGUUUUUUUGGUUGUUUUUUUUUAAUAUUGUGAAGCCAUCUGAAAGACCAAGGGAUCUCAAGGGUAAUUGUACUACCUGAACAUAUUUCCUUUUCUUUUUUUUCUUUUUUUUUUAAACUGGCAAGCCUUUUACACAUGGUCUUUGGUAGGCACUUUCAUUCUUUUUUUUUUUCAAUUUUGAGAUUAUUGGAGCCAACUUGCUUUUCAACCAGACAUCUCCAAAUGAUGUUCCUUGUCAGAAAAACAAGAGUCCAUUCUUUUUUGUUCCUUUACACUUUGAAGAAUUGACAUGAUAAUUAGAGGAUUUUAGUUAGAAUCCUUUCUGAACAUGCUGGAGCACAAGAAUGGCAGAAGAGUUGGUGUGCUUGAACCAGAGUAUGGAAGGCCUCGUCUGAAUAUGGCUUCUUGAAGUUUGAGGAGUUGUGAGCCUUCCCCAGCUGUUGCUGAUUUAAUUAGAUGCCUCCUUGUCAAGAAAUCUGAAGGUCAACACAUGCUCAAUAGAAUCCAUGUCUUUUAUGAUGAUUAAAUAUUCAAAUAAUGGAAUGCUGUUAGCUUUUGGAAAUUGUGAACUGGACUGGUACCUGCCAUUCAGAAAGCUACCAAAAUAUAAAACAGUGAAAUAAUGAUCUGCUAGUCUGCUAAGCGAGUGUCCAGGUUCCACAAUGCCUGUGCAGGCAGCUCAGUGGACAGAGUUUCUGUCCUGUCCAAUCUGCUACAACGAGUUUGAUGAGAAUGUGCACAAACCCAUCAGUUUAGGUUGCUCCCACACUGUCUGUAAGACCUGCCUGAACAAGCUUCAUCGCAAGGCAUGUCCUUUCGACCAGACUGCUAUCAAUACAGACAUCGAUGUGCUUCCUGUAAACUUUGCACUUCUUCAAUUAGUUGGAGCCCAGGUACCAGAUCAUCAGACAGUAAAGUUAAGUAACCUAGGAGAGAACAAACAUUAUGAGGUAGCAAAGAAGUGCGUUGAGGAUUUGGCACUAUACCUGAAACCACUAAGUGGAGGAAAGGGUGUUGCUAGUUUGAAUCAGAGUGCACUGAGCCGUCCAAUGCAAAGGAAGCUGGUGACGCUGGUAAAUUGUCAGCUGGUGGAGGAGGAGGGUCGGGUUAGAGCCAUGCGUGCAGCUCGUUCACUUGGAGAAAGAACUGUAACCGAAUUGAUUUUGCAGCACCAAAAUCCUCAGCAGCUGUCUGCCAAUCUUUGGGCUGCUGUCAGGGCACGAGGAUGCCAGUUCCUAGGGCCAGCUAUGCAAGAAGAAGCUUUGAAGCUUGUAUUACUGGCACUGGAAGAUGGCUCUGCACUCUCAAGAAAAGUUUUAGUACUUUUUGUUGUGCAAAGACUAGAACCAAGAUUUCCUCAGGCAUCUAAAACGAGCAUUGGUCAUGUUGUGCAGCUACUGUAUAGAGCAUCAUGCUUUAAGGUCACAAAAAGGGAUGAAGAUUCUUCUCUGAUGCAGCUGAAAGAGGAAUUUCGGAGUUAUGAAGCUUUGCGGAGGGAGCAUGAUGCCCAAAUUGUUCACAUUGCCAUGGAAGCAGGGCUUCGAAUAUCACCAGAACAGUGGUCUUCCCUUCUUUAUGGUGACUUAGCACAUAAGUCACACAUGCAGUCCAUUAUUGAUAAGCUUCAAUCGCCAGAGUCAUUUGCAAAGAGUGUACAGGAGUUGACAAUUGUCUUGCAACGUACAGGUGAUCCAGCAAACUUAAACAGACUGAGGCCUCACUUAGAGCUUCUAGCAAACAUAGAUCCUAAUCCAGAUGCAACGUCUCCAACAUGGGAGCAGCUGGAGAAUGCAAUGGUGGCUGUGAAGACUGUGGUACAUGGGCUGGUGGACUUUAUUCAGAACUAUAGUAGAAAAGGGCAUGAAGCACCACAGCCACAACCAAACAGCAAAUAUAAAACAAGUAUGUGCCGAGAUCUGCGACAACAAGGGGGAUGUCCACGAGGAACUAACUGUACAUUCGCUCACUCUCAGGAAGAGCUUGAAAAGUAUCGUUUAAGGAACAAAAAAAUCAGUGCAACAGUGAGAACCUUCCCUCUUCUAAAUAAAGUUGGUGUAAACAGCACUGUUUCAACCACAACGGGAAACGUAAUCUCUGUCAUAGGAAGCCCUGAAACAACAGGGAAGAUGGUGCCAAGUACUAAUGGGAUUGCAAGUCUGGAAAGUGGUGUUCCCCAAUUGAUUCCCCGCUGUGCUGACACUUCCUUAAGAUCUUUGGAGAAUGUCAAGAAAGGGGCAAAAUCUGGAGCCAAUGGUCACAACAUCUCUGGAUCCCCUACAGAAUCAUUAUCUGAAAAUAAAAUUGGUUCUCCACCCAAGACUCCUGUAAGCCAGGCAGCAGCUACCUCAGCUGGUCCUCCUAAUAUUGGAACAGAGAUGAAUUCUGUGCCUCCAAAAUCCAGCCCAUUUGUACCCAGAGUACCAGUCUAUCCUCCACAUUCUGAUAAUGUUCAGUAUUUUCAAGAUCCGCGGGCCCAGAUGUCCUAUGAAGUUCCACAGUACCCACAGACGGGAUACUACGCACCACCUCCAACAGUACCAGCUGGUGUGGCUCCCUGUGUUCCUCGCUUUGUGAGGUCCAAUAACGUUCCAGAAUCCUCCCUCCCACCUGCUUCCGUGCCAUAUGCCGAUCAUUACAGUACAUUUCCCCCUCGAGAUCGACUGAAUUCUCCUUACCAACCUCCUCCUCCGCAGCCGUAUGGACCAGUUCCUCCUGUCCCUUCUGGAAUGUAUGCCCCAGUGUAUGACAGCAGGCGUAUCUGGCGUCCACAGAUGUACCCAAGAGAUGAUAUUAUUAGGAGCAAUUCUUUACCUCCAAUGGAUGUGAUGCACUCAUCUGUCUAUCAGACAUCAUUGCGUGAGAGAUAUAACUCUUUGGAUGGGUAUUACUCUGUGGCUUGCCAGCCUCCAAAUGAGCAAAGGACUGUGCCUUUACCAAGGGAGCCUUGUGGUCACUUGAAGACCAGUUAUGAUGAUCAGUUACGACGAAAGCCAGAGCAGUGGGCACAAUACCACACACAGAAAACCCCUCUUGUAUCCUCAACGCUUCCUAUGGCAGCAACAUCUCCAACACCACCUUCUCCUCUCUUCAACGUGGACUUCAGCACAGAGUUUUCAGAGAGUGUUACUGACUUGAGUGGUACUAAAUUUGAAGAAGACCAUCUUUCCCACUACUCACCCUGGUCCUGUGGCACUAUUGGCUCCUGCAUAAAUGCUAUCGAUUCAGAGCCCAAGGAUGUAAUCGCCAAUUCAAAUACUGUGUUAAUGGAUUUGGACAGUGGAGAUGUUAAAAGGAGAGUGCAUUUGUUUGAAACUCAAAGAAGGGCAAAAGAAGAAGAUCCUAUCAUUCCCUUUAGCGAUGGACCGAUCAUCUCCAAGUGGGGUGCAAUCUCCAGAUCAUCUCGCACAGGUUAUCACACAACAGACCCUAUUCAAGCCACUGCUUCCCAAGGAAGUGCUACUAAGCCCAUAAGUGUAUCAGAUUAUGUCCCAUAUGUCAAUGCUGUUGAUUCAAGAUGGAGUUCUUAUGGCUCAGAUUCCACUUCAUCAGCGCGCUAUAUAGAACGGGAUAGGUUCAUAGUGACCGAUUUAUCUGGUCACAGAAAGCAUUCCAGCACUGGAGAUUUACUGAGUAUUGAACUACAGCAGGCCAAAAGUAAUUCAUUGUUACUUCAGAGGGAGGCUAAUGCGCUAGCCAUGCAACAGAAGUGGAGCUCUCUAGAUGAAGGCAGUCGCCUUACCUUAAAUCUUUUAAGCAAGGAAAUUGAUUUGAGGAAUGGUGAGAGUGACUAUACUGAAGACUGUGCAGAUGCAAAGCCAGAUCGAGACAUUGAAUUAGAGCUUUCAGCCCUUGAUACCGACGAACCUGAUGGACAGGGCGAACAAAUAGAGGAGAUCCUGGACAUACAGCUAGGUAUCAGUUCACAAGAAGAUCAGCUGCUCAAUGGGACAACUGUAGAGAAUGGUCAUUCACUAAAGCAGCGCCAAAAGGAACCUUUGGAGCAGAAGAGACAAAGUUUAGGUGAAGACCUUGUGAUUCUGGAGGAGCAGAAAGCAAUCCUGCCCGUAACUUCUUGCUUCAGUCAGCCCAUCACAGCAUCUGUUAGCAAUGCAAGCUGCCUGCCCAUCAGCACAUCAGUCAGUGUUGGCAGCCUCAUUUUGAAAACUGCUCACAUUAUGUCUGAGGAUAAAAACAACUUUUUAAAGCCGGCUGUGAAUGGCAAGAUGGUUAACAGCUGAAACUCGUUCAUCUUUCCAGCUUGUGACCACGCCAUGGAAGCAUUUACACUAGCUUUUUAUAUAUAUAUAAUAUAUAUUAUAUAAUGUAUAUUUUUUUUAAAAAAAAUAAUAUUGGGGUCAUCCAUUUCCUGUGGACUCUUUGAUACUUCAAGCCCCUCUCGCAUUAGCAUUCUGAAAAAUAAACUUACUUUACUAGGGUAAGGCGUUCACUUUCCACAAAUGAAUGGAAUCUGGACAUUGUUUUACUUAAGCUUAAAGCAGCUUUUUAUGAGUUUGUAGCAAUCCGGUGCAGUAACUGAGCCAUUCUUGUUUAAAAUGGCUUAUGUAGAAAAUUAACAACUCAGUUAUUUAAACUAGCAGGAUCCUACAGUGAUACAUCUAGUGAAAGUAAAACUAACUUAUUUGUGUCUGUUUUGUUUUAUGAAAGAGGAACUUGCAUCUUGUUGCAGCUGCUUUUUCUUGAGGUGUGGAACUUUGCAUGGAAUAUUGUUUCUUGCUUGAAGAGUGAGAAAUAGGGAUUUGUAAUCUAGAUUUUUACAGGGUUAACACACUUUAGCUUUGCACUACUGCAUUGUAUGCAGGACUGUGAUGCAGUGCUCUGUUGCAGCGUUUUAUUUCUUAUUGUUUGUGUUUUCUCAUUUCCGCUUUAGUAGUGUUGAUAUUUAUACACAGGCUACUUGUCCAAGUAAAAAUAAAUAUAAGUAAACCAAGUGCCUAAGUCCUUCAGCUAAUGUACUAGGUAUUGAUUUCUCCAAAUUAUAUGCAGAAGUCUUUUUAACCAUAUUGACAGAUUAUGCACUAAUUUGACAGUGUAGGUUUUGUUUAAUUUUGUUUUGUUUUUUAAAUGUAAUCCUUCACCUGCUUUUACAGAAUCCAGAUGACAUGGAAAAAGUAUCAGGUGCUCUUGGCUUUCCUGUGAAAACCCUGUACGUAGUGUUUGCACUGACUAACAAGAUGGUAUUGCUAUUUUUUUUUAAUUUAAACUCAAUAGUGAGGUUUUAGACGCUCAUGACAUUGUCUUUGUUAAAUACUGUUAAUCAUAACUUUUUAUUCAGGUUUAAUUUUGCUUGUUCAUUAUCCAUUUAUUUUCAAAGGUCUUGAAAAUAAAAUAGUAUAGCAUUAUCUGACCUUCAGAAAUACUGAAAAUUUAUGAAUUUGUGCCCUGCUAAGAUGUGACUGAAAAUCCUAUUAUGUCAACUAAUAUAGAUAUUCUUAAACGCAGACAACCUAGAGCUCUGGGCAUAAUUUUUUUCUCUGAAAUUUAAAAAUUCAGUCACCCUUUCAGAAAUGAAAGCAGGACCCUCUCUCCUGGUGAUGACUAUCCUAUUGUUUGUACUCUUCUAUUUCUUUCUGACAAGUUUUACAUUUUUUAUGUUUUUUAUUAACUUCUGUGAAGUUGUUUACUCUGAAAAUUGUACUGGAAUAUUUUAAGCCAAGCUGACUUUUCACCAGGUGUACUGUACGUAAGGGCUUUUCCUGCUAGCAAAAUGCUUAAAGAGGAUCAUGUUACUGGUCGUCUGAGUUGUUGUUUUACAAAAAUCACAGAUAUGUGUCAGAUAACAUUUUGAUAACUGUUUUGUGCACGUUUCUGGGGGGUGGGGGUUAGCAUUUCCCUGAGGGUUGUUGAUUAGACUAAGUAAAUAUUGGUGUUAGAUAUCUCUCUUAAUGAACAUGUCCAUGAAAUAAUUAUGUUGUAAAUAUACCUGAAAACCCAAGGGUUAGUUUUGAUAUUCUGGUAUCAGUAUGGAAGAUCUUACACAUUUAUUUAAUACUAAAUGCAAAGAGAUGUUUGUAGAAAUAACGGUGAAGUAGCCUUUUCUUAAUUUCCUUAGGCUAUUAUUGUAUCUUCCCGAUAGCCAGUGCCACCUCAGCUCUACCGUGAGACUGAUACUUUGUUUCACUUUGCAACUUGAGAUGAUUAGGCAUGAGAAUAAGACCAUCUUUGUCACCUUAACUUAUUUCCUGUUGCUGUUGCAAAUUAACAUAGAAUGUUAGACAUGAAUAUGAUUGUUGUAUAUUUUAUAUCAAAACCAUUCUGUAAAUAUGAAUUUAUAUUACUUUUUAAACGCUUCCAAAAUACUUUUAUUUGCUGUAUGUAAUUCCAAAAAAAAAAAAGAGAUAUGCAAACCAGUAUGUCUAUUUCAUGGAUAUUUAAACAGUGAGAUCUUCCAUGUUGAAGGUGAUGUAAUUUUUUUAAAAAGAUUUUUAAAUUUUAAAUUGCUAUUUUGUUACAAAAAUAGAGAAAAUAUAAAGGUUUGAGAAGUCCUUAU